UGGGAAACAAGUGUAUUUAACUUGGAGGAAAGAACUAUCAUUUUCAAGAAAACAUUUGUGUAGAUUCAUUUUUCAUUUUAGGGUGACACUUAUAAUUUGCAUUAUAGGAAAUGUAUAAUCUAAUCACAGCUCAAAUGGUAGUUGUUCAAUUGGAAGUUCCUGCUAAAUCAAUUGAGCUAUACUUGGAUUUGAGGAGGCUAGUGGAAGGGCAAGUUCAGGGCUGCACUGAACCAACCUCAGAUAAGCUUCUUCCUGAUUGGCAUCCUGCAGGGCAACAUGUUUUCACACUUGUCCUGGAUCUAAAUGAGACAUUACUUUAUACUGAUUGGAAGCAUGACAGAGGCUGGCGAACAUUUAAGGGACCUGGAGUUGAUGCCUUCUUGGAACAUCUUGGAAAGUUCUACAAAAUUGUUGUGUAUUCUGACCAGCUUAAUAUGUACGUUAUUCUGCUUGUGAUAGGUUGGAUCACAAUCAUUAUAUCCGGUAUAGGCUAUCAAGGGGUGUAACCAAGUAUCAGGAUGGCAAGCACUAUAGAGGUUUAUCAAAGCUUAACAGAGAUCCUGCCAAGAUUCUAUAUGUGAGUGGGCAUGCAUUUGAUUCUAGCCUUCAGCCCGAAAACUGUGUCCCAAUUGAACCAUGCAUAUAAGCUCGAGGCAGAUGAUGCUGCACUGUUGGAUCUUAUUCCAUUUCUUGAAUACGUUGCCCGUAAUAGUCCAGCUGACAUAAGAGCAGUCCUACAAUCUUAUGAAAGAAAAGAUGUUGUGAAGGAGUUCCUUGAGCGCUCUAAAGAGUAUCAAGGUGAACCAUUUUUUGAGCGGCAUUUUCAUUCAGAGCAUUGUUCAUGCAGGAGGAUGCAAGAACAGAGUCGGCUGCAAAGUCCUUUCUGGUAUCAUUGAGGGCAGAGCUGCCGUAUGGUUCUGGAAUUUGAGUUCUUUCCGGAGGAUAAAACGGAUGACAAUUGACAUUACUGUAGAAAUCUCCUAGCUUGUUUUGGCCAAACGGUAGCCUUUUGCAAUUAAGAUCACACAAUUUUGAAAAGCCUUCUUGACUUCAUCUCUGAUCAAAACCUGUAAUCCGGGUAAUAAAAUUUAUAUACACCAUAUUCUUUCCUUAUACAUCUGAUCAAUCGGAAAACAAAAAUUUUGGCUACAU